CAUGAAACUUCGCCUAUUUUUUGUAUUCCUAGGCCUUUUGACGCCAAAAAAUGGUAAGUUGAUUCUGAGUAAAUAUGUUCAAGACAUUUCAACCUUAGGCUGUCCAAGAUCGGUUUCAUUUUCACUUUUACGGCACGGUAAAUAUACAUUAGAAGAAGAGAAUGAAAUUUUCGUUUACACUUGCAAGUUUCGCUACGAUUUCUAGUGCGAUUUUCUCCUUCUGACGCAUGUGAAAGAGUAGAUGAAUUAUGAAUGGUCUGAGUUUAUGUAAUUUCAUCUCAACAUUCAUAAUUCAUCCACUCGUUCACAUACAUCAGAAGAAGAAAAUCGCACUUGAAAUCGCAGCAAAAGGCUACGUUUACAUUGUGCCAGAUAGCUUUCCGUAGCGACGUGAAAAACAUCUAUCUGUACCUUUUAGGAACGCUAUUUUCAGAGAAAUUAUUCCAACGGCGAGAUGUUGUUUCGCUCAGCUUCUGAAAGUUGUACAUUUCGUAUCCGAUAGGUGCUUUUUCGCGCCGCUACGGAAAACUAUUCGCUAUAGAGUAUAGUGUAUACGUAGGUAGGCAAGUUUGUCUGUUCCUUGCAAUAUGAUGUGACAAGCUUAUCAGCAGUAUAUAAUUUUAUGCAGAAAAAAUGCUCAACAAGCUGCUGAUAAGUAAAACCUUAAUGGAAGAAAACUUUGAUAAAAAAUACAAAAAAAUGGAGUGGUUUUCGUUAAUUAACUAUAUUGACAUGAGAUAUGUCACGUUGUAUGAUAAAUUACAGCGAAUUGUAGCCUACGUACGAGAGGAGGUAUCGCAAUCUUGACAUCAGGCAAAAAACAGGAAUGCGGCUGUUGGGGGGGGGGGGGCAAAUUCAAGUCCCGGAUGUGUACUCAUGUUCCUAUUGGCACAGACUAAAGACAUACAGAAGUGUAACUUCCAUUACAAAACCGUAAGGCGCUUUUUUACCGAAAUAGCUGGCGGCCAUGUUCUUAGCAAGUGCCCUAAAGAGAGGCAUUCACCCCCCUGGAAUAUUAAAUUUUCAAUAUGUUUUCAGGGGGGUGACUGCCUCUCUUUAGGGCACUUGCUAAGAACAUGGCGGACUGAAAAAAUCCCUUACGCGAAAUUAACCUGAAGUGAGAUAUCUGUAUGUACUUCCUCUGUGCCAUUGGUGAGGAAUUUCAAUUUAGCCAAUGAGAGCAUAUGAUUUUAUCUCUAUGGUAUAGACCCCAGCAGAAACACGUGGGCCAAGUCAGCCGAGGAUUGACUGAAAUUCCUGAAAAUACAAGCAGACCUAAUGGCCGACGAAGAGCCUUUGCUUGAAACGUUGAAGUUCUGCUUGUAUUUUUCAGGUAGUUGUGUCUCUACGCAUGCAGCUGUCCAGGGGCGUAAGAACCAAGGGGGACAAGGCCCCCAAGUUUUCAGAAAACACAAAAAGUGCCCUUUCUCCGGUGGCAAAGUGCCCUUUGCAUUCGUGAAAAAUGUUGUUCAGAUUGCAUUUUGUACGAUUGCAGUCCCCCCCCCCCCACGCCAACAUUUCCGGAAAAUUUUUUCAGGUGCCCUUUUCAUUCCAUACCGCCCCCCCCAAUCUUUUGAUGUCCCUACGCCCCUGCAGCUGUCUAAGCGCGUGUCGUUAUCGUCGCUGACACACACUGCCGUUAUCAUAAAUACUAUCUUUCAGGUCCAAGAUAAACUCAGGUAAUAUAGCACAAAACAUAAUCCGAAGAUUAGCGUCUUGAAACCCAAAAUAUGAGUCAAACAAGAAAGUGAGUAAUAUUUCGAUUUUAUUACAAAAUCAUCAUCAGACUAUAAACUAUAAUUACAAUAUAUACAUGGUCUUAUAUACAAGUUGGCAAGGCAUGAUGACAUCAUCAAACGGAAGUCUCAAUCAGAACCACGACAGGUGCAGUGAGAAGUGUGAUGAAAUGUGGGUGUAAUCGAGAAACAGAUGAGUCGGAAUUUCAUCCACGUAGUCUGUCCUGAUAGUUCAUGCUUGACGUCAUCACAUUGCUUCUUCAAAUUGCCAAUUUAACAUGCGAGUUCUUUUCUUUGAUACUAGUAUCAGUCAGUAGCAAGUUGUAGUAGCGUCGCCGAUUCCUUUGGGUUUCAAGAUGCUAAUCUUCGGAUUAUGUUUUGUACUAUAAACUCAGGUUCCAAGAUACUAAUAUAAAUUUGACUCAAAAUCUCGAGUAUUUACCCUAAAUUUUUCAGGUUCGCAAGAUCACUGUCCACUGACUAGUAUUUUAAACAAGUUUUUGAAGCCCACAUCACAAUCUGAGAUUCGGUAGUCUACCUAUAAUUUGCAGCUUUGUUCGAAAUAGUUCAGAGUACGGAAUAAAACUCUUACUAUAAUUAUUUAAAACUUGAGUGAUCUCAGUUUUAGUGAGUGGAGCAGUAGAGAAUCCAGCCUAUCGGCUUAUGGAAGCCUUGUUUGGAAAUAAUUCCUACAGUUUGACACGAGAUGUGAUUCCACUGUCCUCUGAGAACUCACUCAUCCGUGUGGAUUUUGAUUUUGAUGUUCAUCAAAUAUUAGAACUGGUACGUGUUACAAUAAUUGUAUAAUCGCUAAUAGUGAUUCAAAUUUGACAGGAAAUAAAAUGGCCCCUUACAUAACACAUAUCAUAAGAAUAGUGGAACCCCUGCAUUACGAUUCAGUGGUAGGAAUGUUUUAUUGUCUUUUAUUCAAAAUCCCACAAUUCUCCACGCCAGCCGUUAUUAUGCCUUUAAAACAAGCUGUCACGAUUAUGUUUCCAGAAUGAAAAGAAACAGGUGAUGAAACUGUUGAUCUGGUUAAGAAUGUACUGGCAAAAUACUUUUCUAAAAUGGAAUCCAGACAGUUAUGGUGGUAUUAAGAAAAUCACAGUGAGCAAGGAUAAAGUCUGGGUUCCUGAUUUGACACUUUGGAAUAGGUAUGAGUUGAAAUAAUCAUUGAACUCAUCUGUAGUGAAGAUGGAUCAUGCGUCAAGAUGACGUGAGAGGCCUCUGUGGGUGGACAAGUGCCCUCUGUGGGUGGACAAGUGCCCCACAGGAAUGUGGUUAGCUUCGCUGAAUACUAGAUUACCACAAACACUUUUUUAUUGUGCACCUGAUCCUGUUAGACCAAGACUAUUUGCAAUUCUUGAGACUGGAGUUCAAUUGUCAGAUAAACUAUAGAAUUAUAGUCACUGUGUCGAUGUUUAUGAGAUAUAGAUUUUGUCGAAACUGCUGUCAGAAUCCCGGAAAUAGCGUUUUUAACCCUUAGAAAAUAAAACAGUUUCUGUGGUAGCAUCCCCCAGACACACAACGCAUACAGCUAAUUCAAUUAAGGUUGUCCCCCGAGCAAAGCGGAAAAGUCGAAUACGAGCGCGAAAGGCUGCUGAGAAUCGGUAAUAAAUUAAUGAAUUUAUUAGCGAUUCCCAGCAGCCUUUCUCUCUCGUAUUCGACUUUUCCGCUUUGCUCGGGGGACAACCUUAAUUGAAAUAACUGUAUACAAUUUCUUUGACAGAGCUGCGAACGAUGCAAGUAUCUACCAGCGUAUCGACACGAGGAUUGUCAUAGAGCAUGACGGGAAAUGCACAUGGUACGCUCCCGUCACAACCAGCAGCACAUGCGCAAUACGAGUCAAAUAUUUCCCAUUUGACAACCAGACGUGCGCACUCAUUUUCGGAUCCUGGCGUCAUACUACUGAUGAGAUACUGUUCACUCCUUGUGAAAAAACUUGCGCUGAUAUGAAAUACUACAAAUCUAACAGUGAGUGGUCCUUAGAUUUCAUUUAUGGAAAGGUAAAGUAUCUAAUUAUUUACCUUAAUUACUUAUUUAAUUACUAAUUAUUUACCUUAAUUACUUAUUUAAUUACUAAUUAUUUACCUUAAUUACUUAUUUAAUACUUAAUUAUUAUUUAGUCGUACUUGUAUAUAAAAAAUGUAUGCACGCUGCUUCCGGAAAAACGCCACCUUGGUCUCGUUUUCGUGAUUGAGACGUUGGGCAAAGUGACGUACUUUCCCGAAGGGUUGAACAUUCUGAUCACUGGAUCAUGACUGGAUGGCAUGGAGAACAAUACAUUCUGAUCACUGGAACGUGAUUGGAUGACAUGGAGAACAGUGGGAUUUUCAAAACAAUGAAAAGACAAUGGAACAUUCUGAUCACUGGAUCAUGAGUGGAUGACAUGGAGAACAGUGGGAUUUUCAAAACAAUGAAAAGACAAUGGAACAUUCUGAUCACUGGAUCAUGAGUGGAUGACAUGGAGAACAGUGGGAUUUUCAAAACAAUGAAAAGACAAUGGAACAUUCUGAUCACUGGAUCAUGAGUGGAUGACAUGGAGAACAGUGGGAUUUUCAAAACAAUGAAAAGACAAUGGAACAUUCUGAUCACUGGAUCAUGAGUGGAUGACAUGGAGAACAGUGGGAUUUUCAAAACAAUGAAAAGACAAUGGAACAUUCUGAUCACUGGAUCAUGAGUGGAUGACAUGGAGAACAGUGGGAUUUUCAAAACAAUGAAAAGACAAUGGAACAUUCUGAUCACUGGAUCAUGAGUGGAUGACAUGGAGAACAGUGGGUUUUUCAAAACAAUGAAAAUACAAUGGAACAUUCUGAUCACUGGAACGUGACUGGAUGGCAUGGAGAACAAUGGGUUUUUCAAAACAAUGAAUCGUACCGUCAAAAUUAUUAUUUUCAUGAGCAUUAUUAUUUUUAUUAGGAAAUUAACCAGACAUAUGAGACUGGCGAAUUCAGCGUUAUUAAAUGCCGUUUAGAAGUGAGUCGCAAGUCGUUGUUUUAUGUCAUGAACAUGGUUGUUCCCUGUACGAUCAUAGCGUUACUCUGUUGCCUGACAUUCUACCUCCCUGCAAACAACGGGGAACGUGCGUCUCUAGUUAUCACCGUGUUGUUGGCAAUGACGGUGUAUAUGUUAAUCGUCGCGGAUUCUAUGCCUCCGACCCCUGAAGCAAUGCCAUUGGUUCAGAAGUUCUAUCUUGUCACAAUUAUCGAAACAGCGUUCUGUUUGUUUGCUACUUGUAUUGUCGUGAAAUGGCAUGAAAAUACUGCACCGAUGCCCCAGUGGGUUUAUUCAGUCUUUAACUGUUUCUUAAGGAAAGUCCUUCAUGUCAAAUAUACUGAAAAUAGAGCUCAAUUCUCAGCUAACGCUCAAUUCUCAGCUAACACUAACAAGGACAUUGAAUUUCCUGCUUUUAACCACGCUUCUCCUACUAAUAACCCAAUACGUCGUAAGGAAAGUAGAACUCGAUGUAACAGCAGAAAAAUCUCUGAUACAAGUGAAGUAUUUCCACUCCGACACUAUUCUUUUGCGAUCCCGGAAACGGCUCCCGACGUCACCGAAGACACGCCGAAGGCAUCCGAUUCUCCCGAGACUGCGCAAGUACCAAGAGAUUGGAAACUAGCCGCUAGAGUCCUCAAUAAAGUGUUUCUGAUAAUGUUUUCAGUGACAUUUGUGCUGAGCAUUGCUGUUAUCUUUGCUGGAGUCAAGUCAUGGUUUCAGUAG